CGUUCUUGUCAGAGUCGCCGCCAGUGGGCCGCCUGUUAUCUAUUACCAUUGAAGUGCAUAUUUACUUUGGUCAAGAUUAAGAUGCAAGAUACUUGGCAGAUUUCAAUUUUUUCAGUUAUUUUUAUCGGUUGCGCCCCUAUUCUUCUCUUGUGGUUUGUUCCAGUUGCUUCUUUUAAAGUCCUUAAAACCCGCCAGGCGUUUUUAAAUAUUUUACUGGCUUUUGCUUGUGGCGGACUUUUGGGCGAUGUCUUUUUACAUCUGUUGCCACACUCUUUUCAACCCCACUCUUUUUCCAUUAUGUCCCCUUCGCCGGAAGCUUCAUCUCUAGAAAACCGCUUAAAUAAUAUACCGGUCGGGUUUUCUCUGAUCGCGGGUCUUUUAUCUUUCUUCCUUCUUGAAAAGUUGUUGCGAAAUUUCCAAGGUACAAGUAGCUCACAAACUAAAUAUGCUAAAGGCAAAAGUUUGAAAGAGAGGAAAUUUUCACUUCCUCCAGUUAAAGUUGUUGGCUAUUUGAACCUACUUGCCGACUUUGUCCAUAAUUUUACGGACGGUUUAACAAUAAGCGCCUCGUAUCUAUUCAGCGCGAAACUUGGCUUUCUUACAACUCUCGCUGUAUUUGUUCACGAAAUUCCUCACGAGCUUGGGGACUUUGCCAUACUUCUCCAAGCUGGAUUAACUAAGAAGCAGGCUAUGUGGGCGCAAGUGCUUACAGCGUUUGGUUCCCUUCUAGGCGCAGUGCUUGGCCUGUCGGUGGAAGAUGCCGUGCCAGCCCGCCUUGUCUUAGCUUUCACGUCGGGUGGCUUCCUAUACGUGGCACUGACUGCAAUCUUCCCUGAGCUUUUGAAAUACUGCACUUUCAGGCAGACUUUUUAUGAGACGCUCGCUUUUCUUUUCGGCGUAGUGCUGAUGGCCUUGGCGGGUAUUGUCGAGUAAGGAAGGACUUAAGUCAUUUAUGCUCUUCUUAUGAAUGGGCAAUAGAACAGGCAAUCGCAAUUUAAUACAAUAUUAGCCUACAAGGGGGAAGAGAAAUACUUGAAU